UCUUAUCCUCACUCUCACUCGAUCUGCGGCUACGUUUUAUUGCUGUUAAGCAAAGACACCUGUUGUUCCUUUGGCCCUCCGCAUUCUACAGUCCCUUUUUGCUAUAAGUAUCGGAAGAGAUCAUGGCGCUAAUCCUGCUCAAGAAACUACAAUAUGCCUCCCGUCGAUCUCAAAGGAUCUUUCUCCAAAAUUACCUGGAUAUCUUCAGUCGCGUGUUCCGUUGCUGAUAAUCCAGGAAUCUUUCUUUUCUUAUGUCUAGCCUUCAUAUCCAUCGUUGCAUAUAGAAUGUCUCCACCACUGUCCCCCCGUACCCAACUCGAGCAACUGAAUCACGAUGUUGACGAUAUCUGGGACCUAUUCAACGCGUCUGGUGACGAUGUGGGCCCUGAUCGUCGUCGCUAUCGUCGCGCAACAUAUAACCGUUUGAAACAGAUUCAAAUGGGCGCCUGCACAUUUGAAAUAUGUCUACUCCAAGUUGCGAAAGACGAUGCUUCGUGGCGUGAAUAUUUCCGCUCCGCAAAGAAAGUGUACUUCAAUGCGCGCGCGUCUUGCAAGGAGAUCGACGCCAUCCGAAUCAAUGUAAAGAUAGCAAAUAUGAAAAUUAAGCAACAGCACUUUUGCGACGAGAAGCACUCUUACGAGGGUAGUGACGAGAUUGGACCAGAAGCAGCGACUGAGUGAAAGUCUGAGUAACUCUGAUUUGCAAUCGAGACCUUUUGUACCACCCUCUUUUCAUCACUUCCUUGACUUAUUUCGUAUACAACGGCUGUUUCAUAGAUACUAAUCUCAUCCAAUCUCAUAGCUAUGUUGACAUGACUGGACUCUGAUCACUGUGUUUUGGCAUGCGUGUUCACGCUGAAUUUAUGUAUUUUUUAGAUUUAUGGUAGCCAAAUGUUCGCAACGGCUCCAGGAGCUACGGU